GCAAAAAUGAAAACAAAGUGAAUCUGUUCGUCAUUUUUGUCAUCGAUCAUUGAGCUCUAAACAGGAGCAAUGGGGGUAUUUUACAACAUUAACUUAAAAUUGGGAGGAAGUCUGAAGUACUCUUGGACUAUCAAUCACCGGCCCAGACUGUACUGUGUUGUCUGUGGGAGUGAUCAAUUCACAUGGUGUGUCCGAGUGUUUGCUGUGCACAACACAUCUUAACUCAUGCAGAGGCCCAAAGCCUGUUUUAGUGGAGUUAGAAGGUUCCUUCAUGCCAGGGUUCUUAAAUUCCUUUUCCUUUACUCACUUUGUCUCCCAUGAAGGUGAUGUCACUCUUUAUCAGAUUUUGAAAGUCGUCUGCCCUGUUUCUGGCUCACAUUUCAAGUCUCACAGGAACGAAGCAGAUGCACAUGAUACUGUUGUCUUACUUUUCUUGAACUUGCGCUAGAGAAAGAACAAUUUCUUCACAAGGAAUAGAAAUGGAUUAAUUCUUCUGUAGUCUGCCUAUCUGCAGGAUGAAGAGGCAGAAUCCACUGACAAGAGUCACAGGUGCCGUGCGGUGCACCUGAACACAGUGCUGUUUGUUUUCAGGUAUAGGCGAAGCUCUGGAAUGCAAAGAUAGUGAACGUCUCUUCAUUUUAGUGCUUUGCCGUUGAAGCACUAUUCCUUUGCUUAACACAGAUGUGUGUUAAAAUAUAAAAACAGCACCCAUUAUUAUACGGUCUGACUGGGUUCUUUGGUUCAAUUAAUUAAUUGUCUAAAACAAUUGUCUUUUUCUAAAGCUUCUGAGAAGCCUGCUUGAACCAAUCCUUCGCUGUGUAGGUGGUUUUGAGAUUCAGUUUUGUUUGGUGAGAUGAAAUCACUAGCUGUGACUCACUACCUCUAUAACAAAUCUAUGCCACCCUACUGUCUUCGUCCUUGCGUUUUCCUGCGAGAGCUGGACUGGAGUUCCUGGUUUAACCCAAGGAAGACACAAUCUACACAAUCUGAGAACGUAGUUCCUAAACUGUCUCCCAGUGGAUCAGAUUCCAGACUUAUGAUGUUAAUGUACUUCAGAACCAGCUGUAGCACAAAAUAAGCACUGUGAUAUCUGAAGCAACCAUGUGGAGGAGAAAGAUUCACCUUACCAGGACAAAGGAAAACAAGAAGCCUCUGGCAGAAAAGACAGAGGUAUUGAGCGAAGACCUUUUACAGGUAGAAAAACGGCUGGAGCUGGUCAAGCAGGUGUCCCACAGCACUCACAAAAAACUGACAGCAUGUCUUCAGGGCCAACAAGGUGUGGACGUAGACAAGAGAUCAGUGAGAUCGCCCUCAAAAAAACUCCCCUUGACAACUCUAGCCCAGUGUUUAGUGGAAGGGGCUACAGUCCUGGGUGAUGACUCCCUUCUGGGGAAAAUGCUGAAGCUGUGUGGCGAGACAGAGGACAGGCUGGCCCAGGAGCUCAUUCUGUUUGAGUUUCAGAUCGAGAGGGAUGUGAUAGAGCCACUGUUCGUCCUAGCAGAGGUGGAGAUCCCCAACAUUCAGAAACAACGGAAACAUUUAGCUAAACUGGUGCUGGAUAUGGAUUCUGCAAGAACACGGUGGCAGCAGUCCUCCAAGUCAUCAGGCCUGUCCAGUAACCUGCAGCCCACAGGUGCCAAAGCUGAUGCUCUCAGGGAAGAGAUGGAAGAGGCAGCAAACAAAGUGGAGAUUUGCAGGGAUCAACUAUCAGCCGAUAUGUACAGUUUUGUGGCCAAAGAAAUAGACUAUGCAAACUACUUUCAGACACUAAUAGAAGUACAGGCAGAUUACCACAGGAAGUCGUUAGCACUUUUACAGAGUGUCUUGCCUCAGAUUAAAGCACAUCAAGAGGCCUGGGUUGAGAAGCCUUCGUAUGGCAAAUCACUGGAGGAGCACCUUGCAAUAAGCAGUCGAGAGAUCGCUUUCCCCAUCGAGGCCUGUGUGACCAUGCUGCUGGAGUGCGGAAUGCAGGAGGAGGGUCUGUUUAGAGUGGCGCCCUCUGCCUCCAAACUGAAGAAGCUGAAAGCCUCCCUGGACUGCGGGGUGUUAGAUGUGCAGGAAUACUCUGCUGACCCCCACGCUAUUGCAGGGGCUCUAAAGUCCUACCUACGGGAGCUUCCUGAACCGCUGAUGACCUUUGAACUUUAUGAUGAGUGGAUCCAAGCUUCCAACAUUCAGGACCAGGACAAAAGACUGCAGGCCCUGCUCUCUGCCUGUGAGAAGCUUCCCAAGGCCAAUUCCAACAACUUUAGAUAUUUAAUCAAGUUCUUAGCCAAGCUUACAGAGUACCAGGAUGCAAAUAAAAUGACUCCAGGAAAUAUUGCAAUAGUCCUGGGACCCAAUCUGUUGUGGGCGCAAACUGAAGGAAACAUCACGGAGAUGAUGACUACAGUAUCCCUGCAGAUCGUAGGCAUUAUUGAGCCCAUAAUCCAGCAUGCAGAUUGGUUCUUCCCUGGUGAGAUCGAGUUCAACGUCACAGGAAACUAUGGCAGCCCCGUCCACACCAACCACAACGCCAACUACAGCUCCAUGCCGUCCCCAGAUAUGGACCACUCAGACCGCAAACAGCAUGACCAGGCCCGGCGACCUCUCAGCGUCGCCACGGACAACAUGAUGCUGGAGUUCUACAAGAAGGAUGGCCUUAGGAAAAUACAAAGCAUGGGGGUCAGGGUGAUGGAUACGUCUUGGGUGUCUCGCAGGGGAUCCUCCUUAGUCCGCAAGACGUCGUCCACCCCCCCGAGCGUGCAGCCCCCGGCGCCCCCCGCCGAGCUGCCCUCUCUGGCUCAGUCCCUCGUCCCCGAGCAGCCUUACGAGCUCUCUGCUGCCCCCUGUGGCGGUCCUCCUGCCGGCGGCGCUGGGGACAGGGCCAGCACAGACGAUGUGUCGCCCAAUUGGUCGGAUUCCUGUUACGCCUAUCCUUCCCCUGAGGAUGACAGGCCCCCCCCACCAUACCCCACCUGCUGCCCCCCGCCUCACCAUCACUACCCCAGGGCACAGCCAUCCCCCCGGCCUGCCGCCCCCAGCCCUGACUCUGUAACCCCGGCCUCCUUCUCCUCCUCUUCCUCCUGCUCUCCCCACAAGUGGACCGGCUACAGCCCCCUCCCUCCUCCUCCUCCCUCCGCCUCCCCCCAGCAGCUUGACAUCAACUCUAACCCCAAGCCCAGCUUCCUCCACCUCCCCAAGCAGAGCUCCCUGGCCGACGCACUGCAUGCCAACCCCGAAACUAACAUGUCACCCCUUUACAUCAAAACCCCGCUGGUGCUGACCAAACACGACCCAGCCCUCAGCCUGCCCCCUAACCUGCCCUCCUCAGCCUUUCCCCAGUGGGGCAGCUGUGCCUGUAGCCGAGACAGAGGGACCAGACUGACUAGGUAAAUACACACAACCGCAACCCCACCCCACUGCCAAAAAAGCUACCCCACAACAACAGCAACACAAACCAGUGUGCCCGUUGGGACAAAAUGGUGCUUCCUCAGUAGUGUCAAGCUAUUGGUGGCUAUUUUGUUUCUUUUGCUUCCUUUAUUUUGCUUCUCAGACUCUCGCAGACUCAGGCUUUCCUUUAUAUAUACAGAGCUUUUUUUUUUUGGGGCUUCAAGCAGUGUUUUUAAGUUUUUAGACCUUAAAACCGCAGUUCCUUUUUUAAAGCAAUUGCAUCCCUGGCUGCUGGGAAUACCCCUGAGGGCAGUGUUGCUAAGCGACGGAGGAUGUUAUUAACGCUCAGGAUGAGCCAAGCCUCAUGUUAAUACUUGCAUCUUAUUCUUUACAGGAUUGGAUAUAUGUUUAGGUUGUGUGUGUUUAGGCUACUUCUGUUGUGAUGUCUGUUGGUUCCAUUUUGUUUUCUGCUGUUGAGCCGACUGAUAAUCCUCUUCUGAGCUCCAGGGUUGUCAAGCUCUGUUUUGUAGUGUUUCAUGCAAGGAGAUGAGGACUCAGUUCUAUUCUAUUCAUUACCCUGCUCACCUCUGGGCACCAAAUCCCAAUCAACUCCCAACGUCCCACUCAUGCUCUCCAUCUGCUUCAAAUGCAUUUGGGAUUUGGGAGCUGAGAGAUUGUAGCUUUCGUUGAGGUGCUGCUCUGAAUGAAUUAAGUUCCUGACCUUCGUGCUAAACCUGUAGCAGCUGCUUCUCCUUCAUCGUCUCCAUUAAAUCAAAAAAUCCUUCAUAAGGAUAUCCUUCAUUUUAUAAGCCUUAGUGAUUUUAAACGGGAGUAUUAGCAGCUGUCUGAUGAUAUGAAAGUGCAGGAUGGGGCUUGAGGAUGGUCAAUUAAGGACAUUGAUGCUUCCUACAGUAUAUUCUUGAGUACAUGACAAACAUAUUAAUUGACAAGAACAGGUCAAGAAUAAUGAUUUCACUGUCAGUCUCUCCUGCUUUUCUCUAUGUCAGCAAAGAUAUUCUUCAGUACAUUACAAGGCAGUGGUUUUGACCUUAUUAAAUUUCAGGGUGAGUGAGACACUGUGUUAUGACUUAGUGAUGCGUUCUAUACCAU